UAACUUGUCAGAUCGUCAUUACAAAGCAGUUUGUCAGUGCUUGGAACAAUACGCAGAGUUAGAAAUCGAAAAUAUUUUUUUAAAAACCUUAAAAAUGGUUUUGGAAAGUACAAUGUUGUGCUUCGAUAACAGCGAUUAUCAACGAAAUGGCGAUUAUUUUCCUACACGGUUAAAUGCUCAGAAGGAUGGAGUAAACUUGGUAUGUCUUUCAAAGGUUCGCUCCAAUCCCGAAAACAAUGUAGGAUUAUUGACGCUGUCCAAUACGACCGAAGUACUUGCCACGCUCACCAGUGAUGUAGGUCGUAUUUUAUCGAAGUUGCACCUAGUAAAUCCGGGAGGAGACAUUAAUCUCCUAACGGGACUAAGAAUCGCCCAUCUAGUUCUCAAACAUCGUCAGGGAAAGAAUCACAAGAUGCGUAUAGUAGUUUUUGUGGGAUCUCCCGUUAGUAAUGACGAGGGUGAUCUGAGUAAGUUGGCGAAGAAAUUGAAAAAGGAAAAAGUGAACGUAGACAUCGUGAGCUUUGGAGAUCACCAGAAAAAUAAUGAUGUAUUCACAUCUUUUAUUAACGUGCUGAAUGGAAAGGACGGAACAGGGUCCCAUUUGGUGUGCGUUCCACGUGGUUCGGUUCUUUCAGAAGCUCUAAUUUCAUCGCCAAUCAUUCAGGGAGAAGAUGGAACUGGUGGGGCCGGUUUAGGAGGUGCCGGAUUCGAGUUUGGUGUUGAUCCAAAUGAAGAUCCAGAAUUGGCAUUGGCUUUGCGUGUGUCGAUGGAAGAGCAACGCCAACGUCAAGAGGAAGAGCAACGUCGUGUCCAGGCAAGUAGUGGAGCGGAAGUUACGACUCAAGAGGGAACAUCGUCUGGUGGACCAACCUUGGUCAGUCAACCGAAUACAGAAGAGGCAUUAUUAGAACGAGCUCUUGCUCUUUCGACCGACGAUGCAAUGCCGGAUUUUGCGAACAUGACUGAAGAAGAACAAAUUGCCUUUGCCAUGCAGAUGUCAAUGCAAGACGCUCAACAGGACACACCUAUUUCGCAACCGGCCAAACGUCAAAAGAAAGAGGAAACACCAAUGGAAGUAGAUGAAGACAUUAAUGAAGUCAUUACCGAUCCUGAGUUUUUGCAGAGUGUACUGGAGAACUUACCGGGUGUAGACCCACAUUCAGAGGCAAUUCGUGAUGCUGUUGGUUCGCUCAACAAAGACAAGAAGCAUUCUGAUAAAGAAGGAGAAGAUAAAAAGUAAUGCUGGAUCUGAUUGCUUUCAUGAAUUUUUCGUAUUUCAUUGUAUUCUGAUGUUCCGCUACAAAUAAAACAGUUGAAUAUAUGGAAA